AUGGCGAUAACACGACGAUUAGAAACCCAUCCCCAUUUUUCAAAUUCAAAUUCAAAAAAUAAGGAAAAACAAUGGCGACGAGACAUGAAGCCUGUACCCGAAAACAUAAUAGAAAACCAGAAGAGAAACAUUUACAUGUCAAGAGCAAGUCCUCCGAGUGUCCUCAAAGCGUAUUAUGAGCAAUUUGAAAAAGACUUCUUGAAGUUUCUACAUUGUCGAGCCAUGGAAAUGAUAGAUGGUGGUAAAAUGGUUUUAACUUUACUAGGAAGACAAAACAAUCAAUAUUGUUAUGCCAAGGAAUCGAGUUACUCGUUAGAGCUCCUCUCGAAUGUUCUCAAUGAUAUGGUUUCUGAGGGUAACAUAGAUGAAGCAAAGCUAAACACAUUCAAUAUCGCGGCAUACACACCAUCACCAUUAGAACUAGAGUUUCUAGUGAAAAAAGAAGGCUCUUUUAACGUGAAUCUAGUUCAUGUUUUUCAAGUCAGCUGGGAUUGGAAUGAUUACAAGUUUGACAGCACUUUAGACGACACUUCUGAUCAAUAUGACUUUACAACAUGUAUGAGAUCUGUGCUUGAGCCUUUGAUUAUUGCUCAUUUUGGCCAAGAAAUCGUAGACGAGGUGUUCGAACGAUACAGGGAAAAAGCUCGAGUUUCGAUGGCUGAAGAGAACAAUGUCCUCACCAAUGUUUCCAUUUCCCUGACCAGAAUCCCUAGGGUUAGGGGCUGAUAAACAUUGUUCUGGUCCUGGUCUGGUGUGAUUUUAUUUUGCUUAAUAUUUGUUGUAUGUUUAAACAAUAAACAUUAUUUGCAUUGUCAUU